AUGGCCGCUACGGCGACGAUCUUGCUUGAUAGCCAACACAAACACUAUACCAAUCUCGACUUUCUCUCUGGCAAGGUCGUUCUCCACCUUCCGACCGAAGCCGCCAUUGGAGGCAUUCAAGUCAAGCUGGAAGGAGAGAGUCGAACGCGACUCUCGGGACCUCGGAACCCACACAAUGUGAACUCGGAUAAGAAACGAACGGAGCUGGAGCAUCACAAGGGUGAAACCAGCUCUCAAGAAUCCAUGGAAGCAGUGUCUAAUUCAUGGCAGAUCUUGUACAAAGUUGCGACCGUUUUCCCUACCGCGGCAGUCAUGCAAACCGGACAACCCGCCACUUCCUACACUUUUGCCCCAGGCUCUUAUGAAUAUCCCUUCCAUUUCAAGUUCCCUUUCAAUAAUGCCUGCAACACCCACAAUAGUAUGCUCACCAACCUCAACUUCACCGGGUACAAAGUCGAAAUGGCCCGCGACACCAACCGCCAUGUGAAAAAGACCCUUCCGCCAAGCUUAAGCGGCUUUUCCGGCAUGGCAGAUAUCAAAUAUUUUGUUAAAGUCACAGUCAUCCGCCCACAAUUCUACAAAGAGAAUAUUCGAGCUAUCAUACCAUUGAAUUUCCUACCGAUUGAACCGCCGAGAAUCGGAAACCCUAACGAAGAGACCUAUGCCCGACGAAAACACCAAUUCUCAAGUCCCCCAAAUAAUAUCAAAAAGAAGAGUAUUUUCUCAAGAAGUGCCAGCUCUCUCAAGGAUGGCCUUGCCGAGCCUCCAAAGGUGACGCUGGAUGCUCGUCUCCCAAAUCCUUCGAUCUUAACAUGCAAUGAGCCAGUGCCGCUUCGACUGAUACUGAAAAAUCUAACCGACUCACCCGAUCGCAUCUAUCUUCAAAUGCUGCAGAUCGAACUGAUCUCUUUCACCAAGAUUGUCGCUCAUGAUCUUACCCGUGAAGAGAUCGGCUCCUGGGUUAUUGUGAGCCGUAGUAACAUGAACAUCGCAUUGGGGAGUGCCAGCGAUGCGCCCGGAACCGACUGGAACAUCGACCCAACGCUAUGGAACAACCUCCCCUUACCAAACUCGGUAGCUCCAUCAUUCGAGACCUGCAACAUUGAGAGAAGAUAUGAGCUGGAAAUUCGCAUUGGAUUAAUGCACGGCACUCCUGGAGAUAUGAAGCCUCAACUCAUCGUUCUACCCCUACGAAUGCCCGUGAAGGUCUACUCUGGAAUCGCACCGCCCCAAGCCCUCCUAGACGCAAUGGCAGCCGCCAAACUCCAACCAUCGCCGACCAAAAUCGCACCCCGACCUUCCUGGCCAACCUCUACCGAACAACCCAGACCCCAAAUGCCCCCCAGACCAGAAGGCGAACCCGUUCCCGCAGACGCCGGAGCCGUCUACGACGACGCACCCCCAAGCUACGAGGAUGCCAUGGCAGAUAAUCUCAGCCCCGGUGGAUGGACCACGUCGCGAACUGGCAAGGGCCCGGCGGCUGAGGGGUUCGUGGUGGCGGCACUGGCACGCGGUGCGAGUAUCCGCGAAGGCCGGUCCUCGUCCGAAUCCUUUGAUAUGCUCCCUACGACCCCGCCCGAGUCGAAUUCCGGAUCCCCUCCGAUUUCCCCGGUGCGCCGAUCUCAGAGUACGGUUAAAUUCACGCGGAAUCCUGUGGAUGACGAGAGUCCACCUGUAUACCAGCCCGUUGCGGAGAAUCAGCAGCAACAGCCACUUGGUGGUGCGGCGCAGAGACAGACUUCUCAGAGUCAUGCGCGCCCGAUGAAUCUCGGUGUGCCUAGUCGAAAACCUGUUCCGCGCAGUUCGGAAGGACAGCGUUGA